AUGUAUAUUCUAGUGGUGGCCGCCACCUGGCAUCUUCUCCUUAAUUUUGUCCAUCAUACCCUUCUUCUCAUGAUGCUCUUCGUACCCAUAACCACCACUCGGCUGAUCAACCUGCCCCUCCUUGUGACCGCCGGGCAACUUCUCCUUUAUCUUCUCCUUUAUCCCUUUCUUCCUCCUCCCGCCCAUUCCCAAUUUUCGGACCACAACUAUAUAACUAUAGCGGCGGUGGUGGCCGCCCAAGCCGCCGCCGCCGGCCGCCAUCCCGGUGGCCAUCCCUCCUCCGUGAGUCCCAUACGCUCCGCCAGUGCCGGUGGUGGUGCCGCCAUAUGGAUCCGACCCGAUGGCGCCGUACUGUUCAGUCCCGAUUCCUCCGCCGGUGCCGGCGCCGUACUGGCCGGCCUCUCCACCACGCUGGAUUGGGUUGCCGUACUCGUCGGUCUGCCUCCCGUACUCAUCGGUCUGCCUCCCAUAGUCGCCGCCGCCGUAUUGAGCCAUGGAUUAUAUAGAAGAAAUCGAGAAGUGGUUACUAGAAAGUGGUUUGAUGGUGAGAGGAGUACGUGUGUCAGAGCAGCCGUGAGGAGUCGACACGCGAACGCUUACCAAAAAGCAAAAACCCUAGCUAGAGAAAUUGAAUGGAUUAGCGAGAAUAACUUAAUCACAAGAAAACAACGAGAAGAAACCAAGGAAAUUCAAGAGUGCAAGAAUUCAAAAGGUGCAAAGGUGAAACCCUUUGAAGUCGAAAAUAUCCAGUACUUAUAUGAAGUUCUUGUGACCGUUGGGCGAAAAGAGGGGCACGUGCAUUAUACGCUUCCCCCAAACAACAAGCUGCGCCUUUCCACCUGCGCACCAAUCUUCAUCGAACACGGAGAGAACAGUUGGGAUAGAGAUUUAGUUCUACAAACCUUUUAUCCAUUUAUUGCAGAGGAAAUCUUGAAGAUCCCUCUAAGUCAAUGUGGCACUAGAGACAAACUCAUCUGGCAUUGGACAAGAAAGAUACUUAUUGUCAAUGCCCACUCUUCUAAAAGGGGCUGGAUUGGAAUGAAAGGAACACUAUGGAAGGAUGGCAAAACUUGGGAUACUUGGUCUGGAGCCAAGAAGUUUUUAGGCCCUCAUGAAGAAACGUGGCUGAGGACACUCAGAUGGGUACUAGAAGAGGGCAAGAGAAGAAAUAUUGAUGGAAUUUGUUGCUGCCUCAACAACAAGAACUUGUCUGCAAGAAGGGUGGAAGACGAAGACGGAAGAACCAUGGAAGAGAAAGUAACGUGA